UCGGAACGUCCUUCCCAGUUUCAGAUUUUCGUACAAUUUAUAACCGACUUUUUCACCAAAAACUUCAGGAUUAUGAUCCUGAUUGAACUUUAACUCUGAAGCUUAAUGUUUUGCUAAAAUGGUUCUGUUUAAAUACCCAGUUUUCGUGAAUCUUGGGCGAAAAUUGAUUCUGGAACAUGGACUGAAAAGUGAGGUUAUCUUUCGACAAUGCUCAAGUCGUGUUUUACCAGUUAAGAAACAAAUAAUAUACGAACAAACACGAAGUGUAAGUGCUCUUAACAAUGAAGAAGAAACACCAGUGCUCAGGACUAUUUCAGAUCCAAAUGUCGGCAAUCGUGUAGCUUUAAUUCCAAAAUAUGAUACCGAGAAAGAGGAUGACGAAUUUGAUUCUCGUUUCGAAAUUCACAGAGAAGAUUUUUACUCUGACGAGUCUCUUCAUGGUUUCACUCCGAAAUUACCAAAAGCUUUGGAUCCCAGUACAGAAGAUUUGUCUGACCUUGGUACCAAUCCUGUUCCAAGUUUUAAUAUAGCUAGUUUCGCCGACAAAAAUCCCACUGUUCAGGAGUUCGUGAAACUUGGAGUAGAGUUGUGGAAAGUUGAGAGAAAGGCAGAAAUAGCAAAAAAAUUGGUCAGUCUUGAUUUUGAAAAAGAUGUCAAACCUUACAUUCAGUUUUUGCAUUAUUCCGGAGUCCCGGCUAAUGAACUCGGUGCUUUUAUCACAAAAAAUCCUUUUAUUUUCAACGUGGAUUUGGAUGAUCUUCACACUAGGAUACGAUACUUGAGAGCACAUCAGUUUAAUCCUCGGAUGAUAUCAACGAUCCUUACGAAAAAUCCACAGUGGAUUUCCUACAGCACAAAAUCAAUUGACACCAGACUUGGUUACUUUCAAAAUAAUUUUAAAUUAAAGGGUCCUGAAGUUCGAUUACUUACAGUUAAAUUGCCGAAGCUCAUUACCUACAGUAUGGCAGCAAUAGAAAAUAAAUCAUUUGCGAUACAGAAAGAGAUGGGAUUUCAGUUUUCUCUGAGGAAAAAGAUGUUGAUGAAGAGUCCGCGGCUGUGGACAAAAUGUAGAAAAAAUCUGGUUGAGACUUUCGACUACGCGCAUAACACCAUGCAACUGACUCACGAAAUAAUCGCCGAGCAACCUCAAAUCCUCCUUUGUCGAAAAAGCAGGCUUGAAACUCGACAUAAAUUUUUAACGGAACUGAAAAAGGCGCAGUACGAUCCACUGAAACCUAUGUACAUAUCACCGAAAACUCUCGUCAGUGGAACGGAUGCCGAUUUUUGUAAAAAUGCAGCAGACACAUCAGUUCUAACAUACAAUUUGUUUCUGAAAUCUUUGUAAUUAUACGAAUGUACAUAACUUUUAUAUCUUCAAUAUACUUUUAAGCUCGAUAA